AUGAGUACGGCAGAGGUGGAACAGAAGGAUAUCGCUGAAGUAGACGAGAAGAAGCCAAUUUGCGAGAAUGGCUUUGAUCCGAAUAUCAAAUACCCGAUUGUUGUUCGAUAUUGUGGAGAAUGCUCAAUGCCAUUAGAAUAUUGUGAAUAUAGUGGAAUAACGGAACGAUGUCGUAAAUGGCUGGAGAAGAACGAAGUUAGUGGAUUGGAUAAAUUAGAAAUUAAUGAUAAUGAUGAUGGGGAGGAUGCAGAUGCACAGAAGAAGCAUCAGAAGCGAGGUGGUAAGGGUUUGAAACCUACGGGUGAAAAGACGAUUAGCACAAAGAAAAAAACGAAUACACCUUCGAAAGUAACGUUGCAAAGGGCUCCUCGCGGAAAGAACAAGUCUAUGACCGUUAUCAAAGGACUUGGUACAUUCGAUGUUGAUUUGAAAGCAGCCGCUAAAUUCUUUGCUGGUCGUUUCGCAUGUGGUUCAUCAGUUACGGGUGCAGACGAGAUUGUCAUUCAAGGAGAUGUCAAAGACGAUUUAUUCAAUCUUAUCACCGAAAAAUGGCCAAUCAUUGGCGAAGGUUCUAUUGAGGAUCUUGGUGAUCAGAAACGUUGA